AUGUAUCAAUCUUCAUACCAGCAUAUGAACGACCCAAAUAAUGAUGGAAAAUCAAAGGAAUGGACAUGGGAUGAAAAUAAAAUCUUUGAGACAAUUCUCUUUGAAUAUCUUGAAGAAGUACAAGAAGGUCGAUGGGAAAAUAUUGGUCUUGUUUGCGGUCGAUCAUCAACCGAAGUAAAAGAACAUUAUGAGACAUUGUUGCAUGACUUAGCACUCAUUGAGGAAGGUCUUGUCGAUUUUUCAACAAACUCUGAUGAUUUUAUUAUUUCAAAAGCUUCAACCGAUGAGAACAAAGCUCCUCCAACUAAGAAUAAGACUAAGAAAGUGGUCAGGGUGAAACAUUGGACUGAAGAAGAACACAGGUUAUUUUUAGAGGGGAUCGAGAUUCAUGGGAAGGGAAAGUGGAAACUGAUUUCACAACAUGUUCGUACAAGAACUGCAAGUCAAGUUGCUAGCCAUGCUCAAAAGCAUUUCCUUCACCAAUUAGAUGGUACAUCAAAAAAGACUUAUAAAAAAAGAAGCAACUUCUACAUUACCUCAUUGAAGGGAAAUUCCAAACCUCUUCUCAAUAAGGACAACAUUCCAUCUCCUUCUACCUCAUGGGAUGGAAAUUUCCACCCUCUUCUCUAUAAGGACAACUAUGUUCCAGCUCUUCCUUCUCCUCAUCUGAAUUAA